AUGGUGUCUGCGUCCAAGGCUGCUCGCCAGGCCAAGCGUGCCGCCGAGGGCGAUAAGAAGAAGACCGGCGCCUCCAAGUUGGCAGCCAAGAGGGAAGCAAAGAAGGCGGCUGCCAAUGGGGGGGAGACGCCAGAGACGCCAGAGACGCCAGAGACACAAGAGACGCCCGAGAAGCUGCAGGAGGCCGGUGACAAUGACGGCUUGCCCACCGACGACCAGCCCGCCACGACGGCGGAGAAGAUGAAGGAAGUCGACAAGCUGACCGCCCAGAUGGACAAGUUCGGCCUGUCCGAUCGCGUCACGACCGGUGUGCUCGCCUCCAUGCCCUCGUCCCGCGAUAUCAAGAUCACGUCGGCGUCCCUGGUCUUUCACGGCAAGGUGCUGUUCAACGACACCACCCUCGAGCUGAACUACGGCCGCCGCUAUGGUCUGCUGGGUGAGAACGGCUGUGGCAAGUCGACCCUCCUCAAGGCCAUCGACAAGCGCGAGUUCCCCAUCCCCGAGCACAUCGACAUCUACCUGCUGAAUGAAGGUGCCCCUCCAAGCGAGCUGGGCGCGCUGGAGUGGGUCGUGAAGGAAGCAGAGACCGAGAUGGAACGGUUGGAUAAGCUGGCCGAAGAGAUUCUCGAGAGAGAUGGACCAGAGAGCCCUCUGCUGGAAGAUCUAUACGAGCGCAUGGAACAGAUGGACCCAUCGACCUUCCACACCCGUGCGGCUCAGAUCUUGACGGGUCUCGGUUUCAACAAGAACACCAUGUCCAAGAAGACCAAGGACAUGUCCGGUGGCUGGAGAAUGCGUGUCGCCCUGGGCAAGGCCCUCUUCGUCAAACCAUCGCUGCUGCUGCUCGACGAUCCCACCGCUCACCUGGACCUCGAGGCCUGUGUGUGGCUGGAGGAGUACCUCAAGAAAUGGGACCGCACCCUGGUCCUGGUGUCUCACUCCCAGGACUUCCUGAACGGUGUCUGCACCAACAUGAUUGAUAUGCGCCAGAAGAAGCUGCUGUACUACGGUGGUAACUACGAUUCGUAUUACAAGACCCGCAAGGAACAGGAAACGAAUCAGAUGAAGGCCUACCACAAGCAGCAGGAGGAAAUCGCGCACAUCAAGAAGUUCAUUGCCUCCGCGGGUACGUACGCCAACCUGGUCCGUCAGGCCAAGUCCCGUCAAAAGAUCCUGGACAAGAUGGAGGCCGAGGGAUUUAUCCAGCCGGUUGUCCCGGACAAGGUCUUCACAUUCCGCUUUGCCAACGUCGAGAAGCUGCCGCCGCCGGUGCUGUCGUUUGACGACGUGACCUUCUCGUACUCGGGCAAGCCGGAAGACGCGUUGUACGAGCACCUGGAUUUCGGUGUGGACAUGGACUCUCGGACGGCCCUGGUCGGACCGAACGGUGUCGGCAAGUCGACGCUGCUCCGUCUGAUGACCGGCAAGUUGAGCCCGACCAGCGGUCGGAUCAGCCGGCACACCCACCUGAAGCUGGGCAUGUACAGCCAGCACUCUGCGGAACAGCUGGACUUGACCAAGUCGGCGCUGGAGUUUGUGCGCGACAAGUUUGCCGACAAGAGCCAGGACUACCAGUACUGGCGUCAGCAGCUGGGUCGCUACGGUCUGACGGGUGACGCGCAGACGGCGCUGAUGGGCACGCUGUCCGAGGGUCAGAAGAGCCGUAUUGUGUUUGCGCUGUUGGCGAUCGAAGCGCCCAACAUGCUGCUUCUGGACGAGCCGACCAACGGUCUCGACAUUCCGACGAUCGACAGUCUGGCGGAAGCCAUCAACAACUUUAACGGAGGUGUCGUGGUCGUGUCGCACGACUUCCGACUCUUGGACAAGAUCGCCAAGGACAUCAUGGUGUGCGAGAACAAGACCAUCCGCCGGUGGGACGGCACGAUAGGAGAGUACAAGAACUACCUCCGCAAGAAGAUGGUCCAGUCGGGUGCAGUCUGA